CUUUGAAUAUAUUCAGAAUUCUGUACAUGAGCCACAGUAAACCUAGCUCUGUUAAUAAAGUAUAUUCUAUCGGAUAACCUAUACUCGAUGACGAACCUUGUGGAUUUUAAUCAGGUUGAGUCCAAAAUGGAAAAAAGUGUAAUAUCUCAGUUUUUCAAUGGCCGGUCCAUAUUCGUCACUGGAAGUACGGGCCUUAUGGGAAAAGUGCUCGUCUGGAAACUGUUGUACAGCUGUCCCGGUAUAAAGAAAAUUUUCGUGUUGAUAAGAUCGAAGAGAGGAAAGUCCGCUCUUUUGCGAUACCAAGAAAUUAUUAAAGCGCCGUUAUUUGAUUCCAUUAGAAAAACGAAUAAAUCACUGUUGUCCAAACUGCAAGUGGUAUGCGGCGAUGUGGGUCUGGAUGGGCUAGGAAUAACACAGGAAAUGAAGGAAACGUUGAUAUCGGAAGUGUCGAUUGUUUUUCACGGAGCGGCCACGUUGAACUUGGACGCAUCACUGACCGAGGCUAUAAACUUGAACACGACUGGAACACUACGCAUGCUCGAGUUAUGCUCCAAUAUGAAAAAUUUAGAGGCUUUCGUACAUUUCUCCACGGCGUUUUGUCACGUAGACCUGGACACGUUAAAUGAGGAAGUACACAAAUCAGCUUUCGACGCACACAACAUAAUACGAUUGCCGUCUUGGCUCGACGAAAACUCCAUCAAGAUGGUCACGCCUCACUUGAUAAAACCACAUCCGAACACUUACACGUUUUCUAAACGCCUAGCCGAAGACGUGGUCGGCGAUUUUUAUCCUCAGCUUCCGGUCGUCAUAGCAAGGCCUUCAAUAGUGACACCAGCGCUCAAUGAACCUCUGCCCGGAUGGGUGGACAAUCUGAACGGACCCACAGGAAUAUUGGCUGCGGGCGGCAAAGGCGUACUCCGGUCCAUACUUUGCAAUUCGGAAUACACCGCCGAAGCCGUGCCGGUGGACUUUGCGAUAAAUGCCGUGAUCGUGAUCGCGUGGAAAACAGCAAUCACCAAACAAAAAACCACCGCCGUUCCCGUUUAUAAUUUGACACAACACAAUCUGAACCCAAUCACUUGGGAUGCCGUUAUGACUAAAGGAAGAGAAGAGACUAUGAAAAACCCGUUUGAGCUCAUGUUGUGGUAUCCCACCGGGUCGCUGACGGCCAAUCGAUUCGUUCACACUUACAAAGUGAUAUGUUACCACUGGAUACCUGCCUAUCUUAUUGACGGGAUUUUGUUUUUGCUUGGCCAAAAGCGUUUCAUGAUCAGAGUUCAGCAAAAGAUAUCGGAUGGUCUUCGUGUUCUCCAGUAUUUUACAUUGCGCAAUUGGGACUUCACAAACGACCGACUGUUGGCGCUCCGGGAAAGUUUGUCCGACGUGGACCGGAAAGAGUUCAACAUGGAUUUUGAAAAAAUGGAUAUGGACGUUUAUUUUAGAGACUGUAUUUUGGGUGCCCGUCAGUAUUGCCUGAAGGAAGACCCGGCAUCCAUACCUAAGGCCAGGAAAACCCUGAAAGUACUUUACGUGCUGGACUUGGUGGUGAUGUACCUGAAGUACGCCCUCGUCGCUUGGCUGCUGUACAAGGUGUACCAAACGUUUUCGGCAGUCGUUUAAGUCGCGAUGGCGUUUUUUUGCGGCACAUUGUUAUUAUUAUAUAAAUUAUUAUUGUUCUUCCCCCGCAUUAUUAUCGUAUUCCUGUAGAUACCCACGUAAAUGUUGUUAUUUUCCUAUUUAUUUUUGGUCAAACGGAACUAUCGACUAUAAAAUAUUAUUCGUCACAGACAUUAUAAUAUUUUGUCUGUACUGUUUGCCGUCCGUAGACUUAAAAUGUUUAAGUAAGAACUAUUAUACUACUGCAGUCGCAUGUCUGUUGACGUUUUCAAAACGACAGCCCCUUGACGUUUUGUGGCAUGGUGCGACGUGUACGUGCUGUAGGGGCGCGUGUAUGUUAUGUUGUAAUUGACACGUCUUGUCAGAUUUCCGUACCAGUCAUCGGCGGGUCAUUUGCAACAUUACAAUCGACAUCGCCCGCAAGACGUCCGAAUUCCCGAAAUACCUUUAAAAUGUAUUACUGCAACGUGUCCGCAAUAAUAUUAUUGUUAUGUUUUUAACAAUUGCUUCAUCGACGCUAUAUUAUAGGAUAAUAUUAUAUUCAAGCACCCAUCAUAGUUUAGGACAUAAUAUUAUAUAGUAACGUAGUUUUAGGUUAUACAACAUUAUAUCGUCUCGAGUAAUAAAUACUUAUAUAUAGAUAUAAAAAAUAUCUCCAACGACCAACGUACACGAUUUGUUACUAAUAAUUUUAAUUUUCAAUCAAACGUAAUGCCAUAAAUAAUGGCAAUUGUAAUGUGGUGUACAUAAUAGUCAUAAUAUUUCAUCAUCGUUCUAUCAUUUCGGAAAUAUAUAUGCACAUAAUAUAAUAUUGUUUUACAGAUUUUUUUUAUCUACUUGAAAUAUUAUUUAAUUGAGACAUUUUUCAGAAUUAUAAUUGUUAUUUUUGUUAUUGUUAAAGUUACUAUAUUAUUAUUAUUAUUAUUAUUAUUAUUUUUAACUCUAUACUUACUACUAUUAUUUUGUUUGAAUAUUUUUUCUCCUUUUUUUUUUGCGAAAAUUAAUCAUUAAUCGAUAUUUUUGGCAAUAGUAUUACGCUUGAACGUAAUACGUUUACUUUGAUUAUUUUUUUUUUUAUUUUUAUGUUAAUAUCCACUCAUUUUUUACCUUUCUCAAAAAUAGUAUAGACUUUCAUUUUCCUGCGCCUCGGCUGUUUCCUCCCCUCGGAAAUGACAAAAGCCUGUUUCGACUGCUUUGUAUCCCAUCUCGACCGCCAUCACUACCACCACCGCUACCGCCGCCCGUAUCACACACCGGUAGGAAAAUGUGCCUCUUAAAAGUAUUUAAACGUAUUGUUCAUACAGAAGAAAGCAGACAUCACAAGUGCCUUUUAUAGUACAACGUCGAGCUGCAUCUUUUGUUCGUCCGACCACUCGCUCCGGGCGAGCACUUACCACUCUGUCAAAUGUGAUAUUAUAGGAGAAAAUUGUCGACCGAAAAGUGAAAAAAAAAAUAUUUCUCUCCCCCUCUUACCCAGUAAGAGGAUCAAUAAAACGAAAAACAAAGAAUCGUCAAAUUUUUACGUUAAUCCGAUUCCGCAUUAUGUGGUGCACGGCGACGCGGCGUUAUCAUCGCGAGCCACUAUGGAGUCUCUCGUGAUCGAUCACACCGCGCAAUGCACGAAGUCACUAUAUACGGUGGUCAUAUUCGCGAUCUAUCUUUUGUUAGGUUCUGUAUGUGUACAUAUAUCAUGUGCACACGCGUACAUACACACAACACAUACACAAGCGUACACACAGAUCUGAAUUUUGUAAAUCAACUCACGUCUGGCGCUCGGGUUAAAGAAGAACGAUGACAGUCUAUUACGGUUAAAUACCCUAUACGUGGUCAUUGUACCUCAUCUUUUACCGGAAUUGUUUCAUCGGUCCUUUAUUUGACCAUAUAUUAUUUUAUACGCAACGCAAAUAUACUUGGACGCGUACUUCAAUAAACCGAGUUUUUUUUUUUUAAUUCGUUUUAUACGUUUUAUUAUUCGCACAACGAGAACACUUUUUUAUAAUUUAUAAUAUAUUAAUUGCGAUCGUCACUAAUAUUAUAUCAUAUGAUAAUUAAGUAAUUAUAAUUUAUAACUUGUAAGCCAGUUGCGGUUUAUGCGUAGUUUAACUACAUAUAUACCUAGUAUAUAAUACUUUUAUUUAAAUGGUUUUUGACAUUUUGAGUUCAUAUAAAUUAUAUUAAACUUAUGUAUGUUAUGUGAUAUGUCUAAUUAAAUGAAUGUUAAUAUCUAUCUAAUUUUUACCAUAUUUCAGAAAAAAAAAAUUGCAUUAAUUAUUAUUUUAAUUUGUAUUUUUAUGUGUUAAAAAAAAUAUUAUAUGUGUACCUAAUGUUUUUUAUAUAAAAUAUAUGUGUUAAAACAUA